CAGACGGCCGUUGCCGCCACUGCCGCAGGAGGCGUGAGGUGCGGACGGGAGGGCUCGUUCGGUCACUGCUUUCCUGCAGUAGUGACUGUGCCUCUGCGUGAUUUAAGAGCUGUCCUGCACGCCGGGAACUCCGGUCACCUCUCUGCCUGCGCUGGCUCAUCGCAGGAUGGUCUGACCCCUUAGGAGAGGAGCGCUGUUGUUUCCCCGUUUAACCCCCUCUGGAAACUUGAGGUCCUGGAAGGUUUAAGAGAUAAAAACAUUCAGAUGGCAGAUAACAGUUUUUCAGAUGGGGUUCCUUCAGAUUCCUUGGAAGCUGCUAAAAAUGCGAGUAACACAGAAAAGCUCACAGAUCAGGUGAUGCAGAAUCCUCAAGUUUUGGCAGCUUUACAGGAACGACUUGACAGUGUCUCCCACACUCCUUCAAGCUACAUCGAGACUUUACCUAAAGCAGUAAAAAGAAGAAUCAAUGCGUUGAAGCAACUUCAGGUGAAAUGUGCUCACAUAGAAGCCAAGUUCUAUGAAGAAGUUCAUGACCUGGAAAGAAAGUAUGCAGCGUUAUACCAGCCUCUCUUUGACAAGAGAAGGGAGUUCAUCACUGGUGAUGUUGAGCCAACAGACGCAGAGUCCGAGUGGCACAGCGAGAACGAAGAGGAGGACAAGUUGGCUGGAGACAUAAAAAAUAAGGCAGUCAUAGCAGAAAAAGAAGCAGCAGCAGCAGAAGAGCCAAACCCAAAAGGAAUUCCGGAGUUCUGGUUUACCAUCUUCAGAAACGUAGACAUGCUAAGUGAAUUAGUCCAGGAGUAUGAUGAGCCAAUCCUGAAACACCUGCAGGACAUCAAGGUGAAAUUUUCAGACCCUGGACAGCCUAUGUCUUUUGUAUUAGAGUUCCACUUUGAACCCAACGACUACUUUACCAAUUCAGUCCUGACGAAAACGUACAAGAUGAAGUCAGAGCCAGACAAGGGCGAUCCCUUUUCCUUUGAAGGUCCUGAAAUAGUUGACUGUGACGGGUGUACCAUUGACUGGAAGAAAGGAAAAAAUGUAACGGUCAAAACCAUCAAGAAAAAGCAGAAACAUAAGGGCCGAGGCACUGUCAGAACAAUCACCAAACAAGUCCCCAAUGAUUCCUUUUUCAACUUCUUCAAUCCUCUGAAAGCAUCAGGGGAUGGAGAAUCACUGGAUGAAGACUCCGAAUUCACGUUAGCCUCCGACUUUGAAAUCGGGCACUUCUUCCGUGAGCGGAUCGUGCCACGUGCCGUGCUCUACUUCACGGGGGAGGCCAUAGAGGACGAUGACAACUUUGAAGAAGGUGAGGAAGGAGAAGAGGAGGAAUUAGAAGGUGACGAGGAGGGAGAAGACGAGGACGAUGCCGAGAUUAACCCCAAGGUGUAAUUUUUGUCUGUUAAUCAUACAUGCGUUUCUAGAAGGAACCCAGCCAGCCCUCGGAAUGCAAGCAGCAGUGAGGCGCGCGGACAGUGCUCACACCUAACCUGUUUUCAAGUGCAUGGUUUUCACUUUAACUUCUCCUUUUACUUUAUUAUUUUGCUUAACCUGUACAGUGGCGACUCAGAUGCGUUUCAGAAAUAGGAGGUUUAAUCCCAGCACACUCUACGGCCUCACGCGCCACUUGGUGGACCCACCUAGCCCUGCCUUGGGGAGGGCCCCGCGAUCGCAUGGUGGGGGGGAUCACUCGAUGCUGGGGCACGUGCCUGGGCUGUGAUUCCAGGGCAUCUAGAACCAGUUUACCCCUCCCUGCAACGGGCAGGAUUCCUGUUUCAUUAGAAGAAACCCACACGCAGUUUCCAGUUGUCUCGGGAGAGCAGUUGGGGUAGGCACCGCUUCUCACACUGUUCCUCCUUUGGUCUUAUUUUCCUCGGGGCUGGGGUGGGGGUUGGGGCGCCCACUGACCCUGAGGCACAAGCUUUUGUGGUUCAUCUCGUAUUUAUUUAUCUUUCACGCUUGUGAAGGCUUGGGGCGCGAGCUGUCGCUUUUCCUUCGAGUUUCUGAGACCGUGCGGGGACCAGAGACCUGGGUGCCCUGAGCAGGAGGUGGUGGUUGGGCCCCUCUGGGGUGCGGCCCACGUGGAAGAAGCCUCUCCUCCCACCGGCCGUGGGCAGGAGCUGGUUCUCAGGACGCAGGACCACGCUUGGCGUUGAGGACGGGGGUGGGGCUGUGGGCAGAGUCAGGGUUUGCCAGGCUGUGCGGGGAGGGACUCUGGCGGGGAGGUACGGCUUCCCCACGUAGUGUGUAGAGGUCUUGCUUUCUCGGUAGCUCCCACUUCUCGGCCCCGCAUUCAUCUUGUCUUAAAGCCCUGGGUUCCGAGCAGCCUGUUCUUGGCUGGCGUGUGGGUGUGGAGUGUGUGACCUCUGGCCCGGGGGUGUCCACGCAGUGGCCAGGCUGUAGAGUGCUCAGCCUUACUUAUGAUACGUUUGUAACUGAAUACAGUGUUUUCAAUUUGUACAGAAUAGUUAGAAUAUUCUAUUAAAGUUGUGAACCAUGAA